GGCUGCAUGGAUUCAUCCGUCAAAACUUGAUUUCUUUAUUUCAUAAACUUUUAUUUUUUAAAAUGUAAAAUAUUCACAUAGUGAAGAAAAGGAUUAUUCAAUUGUCGAAAUUGCGAGCUUCCACGACUUCUGAACAGAAUGUGCGACGACCAAACAGGUGUAUAGCUUUCAGCGCUGCAUCUACUCCAGGUCCCGCAGCCCCCGACGCAGAUGCAGGAGGAGAUUCGACAUCAAAUCCCAAAUCAGCUCCAUGCGGAGCGUAUUGGUCGCCAGCUGCCGGAGGCGAACGCGGAUAGGAGUCGCAAUGUAGAGGAGAUUUUUACGAGACAUGCCUAUAUGUCAGCAACAAUCUUCAUCACUGUGGCUUCCUUUGAGAUUAUUAUACUUUCGCAGUGGAUCCAGAAGAAUGGCAAUAUCGUGAUGUUGGGAUUUAUAUUCACCCUGUCAAGCGUAGGACCCUUCACCCUUCUUUGCUUGGCGCCCAAACUGCGGAGGAUUCUUUGGGUCAGCUGGACCCUGUACAGCCUUUUCGUAGAGUUGUCUGUCCUGGGCGUCACCAUGGCGAUUGUAGACCAUCCCAUACAUCAAACCGGAUUUUCCGUUAUAGGAGCCGUAGCGUUGCUGAUGGUCUUGUGUAUUUUAGGAGCUAAGCUGCCACGGAAAGUGCUCCCCGGAGAAAUCUGCAUUUUCGUGUCGAUUGUCCUGUUCGGCUUGGCCUCCAUUGUGAUGAUGGGCUUGUGUAUCUCGGUGACCCAGAUGAAACUAAACCGGGUCUUCCUUCCGUUCUUGGCAUGCUUUCAAAUUGUCGUCUGCCUUUACCACGUCCAAUUAAUACACGGCAGGCAAUUUCGGCUUCCGGAAUACGAUUACAUAUAUGGCGGCACAUUUUUGUAUCUGAAUUUCCUCCUGUUCUUCGUGGACAUUCUCAUCACCAUCUGGCAUACCCACUACCAUUUAGUUGCAAAAGAGAUGGGCGAAUACAUCUAAAAGGUACGUUCACCGUCCUGGAAUUCAGCUUUGUUUUUAUAUACGGAUACAUAUUUAAUUGUAAAAUUAACCGAAUAAGUGUCAAAUGUGAUAAAUUUUCAACCAAAGCUUUG